CUUUGUGCUGAUUGUUGUUUUUUAUCUGCGAUUUUUCUUGAAUGAAUUGGCGUCUAGCCGGUAAAACGUGGGUGCAUGUGUGAAAGAAAUUGUUCUGGAGGCCGUAAAAAAUAUAAGAUAUAUUUCUGAAAAGGCGUCUAAAGUAAAACAUAAUCACAAUGCCAUACCUUUGUAUGUUACAAGAUGGUAAUGAGAGCCUGCCGCGUCUCAUGGAGAAAGCACAGCAAAACGGCUACGCAGUUGUAGCGGCUCCCAUAAAUGCUACUGAAAUACCUUUGGAGUUUCAGGAACCGCCAAUGUGCGACCGGCAAACGGAGUUCACAUACUCUGAUCUCAUCUUCCCGUCAGAUCAAUGGAAUGGAAAAGUUAUAAGCAUGUUAUCGGAUACCAUCGAUUGCGAGGCCGAGGAUCCGGUGGUGCGUCGCAAUGCAGAAGAGGUAUUGAAACGGGACAUUUCGUGGGCAGAACAUUUACAAUACGGUGGUUAUACAAUGCUACAACUAAAAUCUGAGAGGAAUCUCAAUAUGGCACGCAUUGCGUCGUGUACUGUGAAGGGAUUGCUGCUUGUACAAGUACCGUUAUAUAAUUCAAAAGUGGCACAAUCUACCUGGCGACGUGACAUUGACGAGGAACAACUGGAACGCAUUGAACAGCAAGACACCUGGCAUUGGUGGAACAGCUUCCGGUGGGCUGCCGAUUUCAAUCCAAAAAUAAAAUUGGCCCUCGAGUUGAGUGAAAGUGAUCGGCCAUCAUUGGAAGUGGUGCGCCGUUGGAUAGGUGAGCCAGUGGAGGCAAUUAUAAUACCCUCCACAAUGUUUAUUUGCAAUCGCCAAAACUACCCAGUGCUCCCAAAAACUUGGCAGGAAAUUUUGUCGUAUUUUACGCGUGCACGCGUAAACAUAAUAAUCUCUUCUGAUGUAAAUGAUGUCAGUCUUAAACUCUAUGCAGAGUAUAUGCUCCGGUUCAUGGAAACUCAUGGUGAUUUUCACGAGCUACAAGCUUUUGAAGAUGUUCUGGAGGAGCCGCUACAACCCCUAUAUGACAAUCUGGACUGUUAUACCUAUGAGGUAUUCGAAAAAGAUCCUGCAAAAUAUAAGCUAUAUCAGGAGGCCAUUGAGCAAGCUUUGCUGGAUCGUGUUCCCGAAAAGGAAAAUAAGAAUACAUUGACCGUAAUAAUGGUACUGGGGGCCGGUCGUGGCCCACUUGUACGUUCGGCGCUUAAUGCCGGAGAAAAUACUGGUCGGAAAGUUCGCGUAUAUAUUAUUGAAAAGAAUCCCAAUGCUAUACGUACACUGAAUGCAAUUGCUAAAAAGUUAUGGAAUAAUAAAGAUGUACACAUUUUCUCCAAGGAUAUGCGAGAAUUCUCACCACCUGAACCUGCCGACAUUCUAGUUUCCGAGUUAUUGGGCUCAUUUGGCGAUAACGAACUUUCACCAGAGUGCUUGGACUGCGCACAAAAGUUACUAAAACCUGAUGGCAUAAGUAUUCCCUGUAAAUCUACCUCUUAUAUCAACCCGAUUAUGUCUUCAAAGCUGCUGAAUGGCGUGCGGCAAGUGAUGCGGCACGAGACAUUCGGUCGCCAGAAACAGGCCACGUAUCAUACACAUGCUGAAAGCGGAUUUGUUGUGUUACUCAAAAAUAUUUACAAUAUUGGUUUGCCACAACCUUUGUUCGAAUUUGUUCAUCCCAAUCCCCAACAGCCAAUCGACAACAGCCGCUAUAAAGCGUUGAGUUUCGAUGUAGAAAUGGAUUGUGUACUCACCGGUAUAGCAGGGUACUUUGACACUGUACUUUAUAAGGAUAUUAAGCUGAGCAUUAAUCCGCAAACGCACACGCCAGGCAUGUUCUCUUGGUUUCCGAUGUAUUUUCCCUUUGCGGAUCCUAUGGAUGUAAAGAGAGGGCAAACUAUUGAAAUUCAUUUUUGGCGUUGCGUUACAAAGCAGAAAAUCUGGUAUGAAUGGUGUUUGGCUUCGCCGUUCCGCACCCACAUACACAAUCAUGGCGGGCGUUCAUGUCCAAUAUACUCAAAAAAACAUUGUGCAAAACACUUCGCAGCUAAAGUGACGCAGCAACGGGUGUUCCAAAUACUGUGCCAUACAAUCUCUUUCCUGUUCGCAAAUUUUCUUAUUUCACUAAAUAUUCAAUGGCAUAGUACAACGUGGCGCUGAGUAAAUUUAUUUGAAAGCACAUUGCAUCUUAACGCUGCUGGCAUAAUUUGGUAUAAGUAUAAUUUGCAUAAAUAUCCACUUUGUUUGUUGAAACUACUUUAAAUUUUUAUUUAUUUUUAUUUUAUUUUUCAUUUAAAUGUAUGAUCAAUAUUAUAAUUUCCCUUACUGAACUUACGAAUAUAAUAAAGUGCAGAAUUGGCGAAUUUAAAGCAGAGCGUGAGCACCGUUUUAUUUAAUGCGGUCGCUACUUUUACUAUAUUUACUUUUAUAGUUACACCUUUUUUUGUGAAAAAUGUCGAUAGUUUUGCCCAACAUACUUUCAUUCCUUUUUUAUGAUUUUGCGGUUAUAUAAAAAAAUUCUGCAGAUUCAUACUUUUGAAAAACUUUAAUGACUUCAUAUUUUUUCAGUAUUGUGUCAUUAGGUUCACAAUAAAAAUAUUGUUUCAAUAUUUCCACUUACUGCAUUUAAAUUUUUUUCUCUUUCACAAAUGGUACAAAACCUGAAGACUUUAAAUUUGCAAUUCACCGUAUUAAAAAAAUAAAAUAAGCAUAGUUGUCCAGUAAGAAAAACAUGGUGAAUGCUUGAAUGAAAAAAGCUUAGUUUACAAUAUAAGUACGUGUGUAAGUUUAACGACACCCAUUAUUAAUGAGACAUUCAGGUAGGUUCUGCAACUCACUUCCGAGUGAGUUUCAACUCCUGCCAAUUUUAAUUUAAAACGAACUUAGCUCGAAUUCACACGAAACUGAAUUACAGAACUUGCCUGAUUGUAUUUUAAAAAGCGUUUCAAUAAUAGCUAGUUGUAAUUAGUUGCUAUUAAAAUGAAUAUAUUUAUUACUUUUAGAAGUCAAGGCAAUCAUGUAUGAAUGGAUGUAUUUCGAGUUUACAUGUAAAGCUGAGAAACUGCGCCUACAAAAACAAUUUUUCAGCAGCUGAGAGUUUAGACUUUCCAAACACCGUAAAUUUUUGAAUGAAUAAUUAAAAA